AUUUGAUUAUAUUGUAUUUUAUUUAUUCGCACAACCAAUAGAUGUGUGGGCCACAUACUGAUGGUCUGUAGUCCACCUGGUGACAGCUGCUGUGUCUCUCUCUACCUUCUGUUGUUCUAAGUAACAGUGGUGGAAGUACUUAAACCUUUUACUUAAGUACAAAUAAAAUUACAAUUACAAGUGAAUAUCCUACAUUCAAAAUCUUAGGCCUAUGAGCAGUAUUAGGAUUUGCAUUAACAUAUACUGAGUAAAAGUAGGCUAGUUAUUAAGCAGAAUAGCCCAUUUCAGAAUAAUAUAUAUAUAAUAAUGAUAUAGCAUAUUAUAUUAUAAUUUAUGCACAUUAAUGUAUCACUCAUUUUGCAACUGGUAAUGGAGGGACUAAUAAUAAUUACUUUAUGUAGAGUACUAUAGGUAGCUUAAUAACAUCAUAAUUUAUUAGUUUAUUUAUAUUUUGUAAUAAUAAUCUUCAACAGCUAAUUAAAGGAAUAUAGUCUUCUCUUUGGUCGUGUUUAUUCUGGAGGAAAAAAAACUUUUAAAGGGUUUCUGGGGGUAAAGUAUGGGCGACAAUAUAUGUAGCGCGUUUCUUUAAUCUUUUGUCCCUCAGCGGCCACCGUCGAGGUCAUCCAAACAUUGCUGUUCCACUUUAAAUUUCCCAGCGUUGUAUGCGUUGUGUGCGUGUCUCUGAGGAGUGUCGGAGGUGUUUGAUAAUGCGUUAAACAUAUAUGAGAUGUCUGUGCUGCGCAGAGCGAAAACAUGGGAAAUAUCUGAAUCUGAGGGAAGCGACGCGGAGAGCAGUCAGACAGUCACAGUCAGCACGGGGCUGAUAGUGGACCAGAGUUCAGAGCACAAGUGCACAACCCUCCCAUCCUCACCCACAAAGAGCGAGUCCAGUCAAACCUCUGCUCUGUCCCCCCCGCGACCAGAUGGACGAGGUACACCAAGUCCUGCAAGAAAACGCCGCACCAAGGAGGAGAUCGAGGCGGACAGACAGACAGCCAGGGAGAGGAAGGAGGCGAGAGAGAGACAGAGAGCUGCCAGGGCCCGGGAGAAGGAGGAGAGGAGACAGGAGCAGCAGAGGAGGAGAGAAGCUGCCGAGAACCUGAAGAGUCUGAGGCCGGAGAACUGCCUCAAGUGUCUGACAGUCUGCGUAGAUCCAGCUCUUCUGCAGCAGGAUGGCUCAGAUAUCUUGCUGGACACUCUGGCUGCCUUUGAGUGGAAGUUUAGCAUUGAGAGCCAGCAGCUCCCACACAGCAUCACCUGGACCAGAGAUUUACCUCAGGGAGACGAUGGGAAGGGGUCAGUGGAGGAGGAGCAAGUGGUUCUGGUGCUGGAUCUGACUGACUUCAUGGACAUGGUGGUCUCUGUGAAGAAAAUGCUAGACAGUGAAGGGGAGGAGGUGGGGGUGGGGUCUUUCCUCAGUCCUCUUUUGGAGUGUCUCAACCGGGAUGCCAAGAAGGUGGUCACUCUCUUAGUGACAGACUCUCAGCCAGAUUACAGGACGGAUGCCUGCGGUGUGCAUUUACUAGACGAGACGCUACAAUCCAAACUGGGGAUGGAGGAUCUGGACAUCGAGGAGGUUCUUGUGUACUUACAGCUCAGCAAGAACAUCUCACUGGUCUUCCUGGAUGGCUGGCAGGAGGUCACUAACCAUGUGUGUGCUGUCACUAAGGCCUUAUCAAAACGCCCUUUCAAACUGCUGACAGAGCGAGCAGAGCUGCCUUUCUGCGUGGAUGGUUCGUGGGCCAGCGGGGUUCGGGUGGAGAGGGACGGCUCAGGGCUGAUCGGGGUCUGGACCAAGCAGAUCCAACAGCUGAACAGGGUUAGCCCCGCCGUGGCGUCCACUGUGACCGCGGCCUACCCGUCUCCUCAGCUGCUGCUGCAGGCCUACCAGAGCUUGGGGUCAGAGGAGGACAGAAAGGGGCUGCUGGCUGGUCUCUUAGUGAAAAGUGGAGGUAAAGAGAGACGUAUAGGACCAGAGAUAUCGGCCAGAGUUUAUCGCAGCCUCACUGCCCAGAACCCCCAGCUGGUCCUUGACUAAUUUGUCCACUUGAGAAGGAGAUGGAUUGACGUCAGCGAUGGAUUCAUCUGGUUUCUAAUGGCACUUGUCACCACUUGGCUGCUAAUAUGAUAAUGUUGACGUUUACAAGCUGAAAAUAUGCCUUAGAUAUCAUGUUCGCCUUCCAGUAAAGCACUAUUCAUACUCCUCUGAACGUCAGCAGAUUCAAGGAACAGAAUAUAUUUAGUAAAAUGAUAUGAUGUGUAUUGUAUAUUUGGAAUUCUGUUUGUGUAUAAAUGCAAGAUGUAUUGUUAGAGGGCUAUGUUAUAUUUAUGUAUGAAAUAAGCCUAUAAAAAGAGCUACAACAGAA